AGGGGUGUGCGGCGAGGGGGAUUAGCGGGACGCCGCGGCCCCGCCUUCCCUCCUCGCAUCCCGGGCGCGAUGAGAGGGGGAGAUGGACCAAAGCCGGCGGGACUGGCACCAUGACAUUCGCCGGCUUCGUGGUGGCGCUGGUGAUAGGGGCGAUUCCCGGAGCCCGCGGGCCGGGGCAGGUCUCCGCCAGCCUCCCGGCCGCCCGCGCCCCACAGCCCCACGCCGGGUGCCCCGCCGGGGGCUUCCCUGCGGCCCAGCGCCCCUGGGCACCGGCGGCGCCCGCUCUGCCGCGGCGGGGGGCGGCGGGCCGGGCGCCACGGGGCCGCCGCAGCUCCUGCGCCCUACCCGGCGGCGGCGAGGGGCGACCCGGCUGCGCCCCCGGGGCCGGCCGGGGAGCGGCGGAGCGCGGCCGCGCUGACUGCGAGCGAGGGUCAGUGAGACUCCGGGGAGGCAAGAAUGAGUUUGAAGGUACAGUGGAGGUUUAUUUGAAUGGAAUCUGGGGCACAAUCUGUGGGAGCCAUUGGGACAGUAAUGACGCGACAGUUGUAUGUCGGCAGCUUGCACUUGGGGAAAAAGGUACAGCAAAACACUUACCCUUCUCUGGAUUAGGCCUUAUUCCUGUUUUCUGGAGUGAAGUGCAUUGUCGUGGUGAUGAAGAAAAUAUACUGUUAUGUGAAAAAGACACUCGGCAAGAUGGGACAUGUCCUCAAAAAAUGGCAGCUGCUGUCACAUGUAGCUCCUCCCUGGGCCCUGUCUUCACUCCAAUCCGGCUGGCUGGUGGGAGCAAUGCCCACGAAGGAAGAGUGGAAGUCUACCAUGGUGGCCAGUGGGGCACAGUCUGUGAUGACCAGUGGGAUGAUGCAGAUGCUGAAGUUGUCUGUCGGCAGCUCGGCCUUGGGGGUGUUGCCAAGGCAUGGGGCCAGGCUUACUUUGGAGAAGGCUCUGGCCCCGUGCUGCUGGAUGAAGUACAGUGCACAGGAAAUGAACUCUCGAUAGAACAGUGCCCAAAAAGCGCCUGGCGAGUACACAACUGCGGCCACAAAGAAGAUGCUGGUGUUUCCUGCACACCUCUCACAGAUGGUGCACUGCGGCUCACAGGUGGGAAGGGCAGUCACGAGGGCCGCCUGGAGGUCUAUCACACGGGCCAGUGGGGCACGGUCUGUGACGACGGCUGGACGGAGCUGAACACGCAGGUGGUUUGCUGGCAGCUGGGAUUUAAGUAUGGAAAAAGUGCAGGUAUGGAAAAAGACAGCUACUCAGAAGGAAGCUCUGGGCCCAUCUGGCUGGAUGAUGUGAUCUGCUCUGGGAAGGAGACAAACCUUCUGCAGUGCUCCCGGCGGGAAUGGGGGAAGCAUGACUGCAACCAUCAGGAGGAUGUCAGACUCAUCUGCCACCCAGAAAACGACAGCCACAAGCUCUCACUUGGUCCUCCCAUCAGGCUGAUGGAUGGUGAGAAUAAGAAGGAAGGACGUGUGGAGAUUUUUAUCAAUGGCCAGUGGGGCACAAUUUGUGAUGAUGGAUGGUCUGAUAAGGAUGCAGCUGUAGUCUGCCGACAGCUUGGCUACAAAGGCCCAGCUAGAGCAAGGACAAUGGCCUAUUUUGGUGAGGGCAAAGGCCCGAUUCAUGUGGAUAACGUCAAGUGUACAGGAAAUGAGAGAUCCUUGGCAGACUGCAUUAAGCAGGACAUUGGGACGCACAACUGCCGGCACAGCGAGGACGCAGGGGUCAUCUGUGACCACCUAAGCAAGAAAGUCCCUGGGAACAGCAAUAAAGAUUCUCUUGCUUCUGUUUGUGGGCUGAGGUUACUCCAUCGUCGACAAAAGCGAAUAAUUGGUGGGAAAAAUUCUUUACGGGGCGGCUGGCCGUGGCAGGUGGCACUGCGGCUGAAAUCCUCUCAUGGUGACGGGAGACUCCUGUGUGGUGCUACUCUCAUCAGCAGCUGCUGGGUCCUCACUGCAGCACACUGCUUUAAAAGGUACGGCAACAACACUCGCAACUACGUAGUGCGGGUUGGAGACUAUCACACGCUGGUGCUGGAGGAGUACGAGGAGGAAAUCGGAGUCCAGGAGAUUGUGGUGCACAAGGACUACAGGCCUGACAGCAGCGACUACGACAUUGCCUUGCUGAGGCUGCAGGGGCCCGAGGAACAGUGUGCAAGGUUCAGCACCCACGUUCUACCUGCCUGCUUGCCACUGAGGAGGGAGCGACCACAGAAAACUGCUCCCAACUGUUUCAUCACUGGAUGGGGUGACACAGGACGGGCUUAUUCAAGAACACUGCAACAGGCUGCUAUCCCCUUACUUCCCAAGAGGGUGUGUGAAGAGCGAUACAAAAGGAGAUUCACAGGAAGAAUGCUUUGUGCUGGAAACGUGCAGGAACAGAAACAAGUUGACAGCUGUCAAGGAGACAGCGGUGGACCACUGAUGUGUGAACGCCCAGGGGAAAGCUGGGUUGUGUACGGUGUGACCUCCUGGGGCUACGGCUGUGGGGUCAAAGAUUCCCCAGGUGUCUACACAAAAGUUUCAUCUUUCGUACCCUGGAUUAAAAGUGUGACCAAACUAUGAAUGCCCAUAACGAAAACUAAACUUUGAGGCAGGACAACUUGAACAGCACAUGCAGUGCACAGCUGGGGCCCACAGUGGGUGGAAACAGACAUUUUCCUGAUUCAUGUGUUUUUGUUUUCAUUAAAUCCAAGCUGUAUACACUCAAGCCUUCCAGUUAGGGAUUACUGUCCUUCCUCUUCCAGAAGUUUAAAUAUUGCAUGAACAAGCUACCAUGUAUCUAAGGGGAAAAGUGAUAGCCAGCUAGAGUAAUACUGGAGCAGGACAGCUGGAGACUUUGCCCACUAGACUGUUGCUGCAAGCUAUUUAUGCUCUAAGCUUCUCUACAAUUAAUUACAGAUCUCAAUCUUGAAUCUAGUUUAUUUAGUCUAUUAUUCCCAUGAUUUUACACUCAGUCCCCUAAAUCUGACUCAUGUUUCAGUAGCUGAGAACAUUAGUACCCUGAUUCUUGGUAAUUCUGAGUAUGUAUUAAAUGCAGGAAGGAAAAUAAUGGUCAAUAAUCACAUUCCCAACUAAUUGGCUAAACGUCUUCACAGGUUAGCGUGCCUAAAGUACAUUCCCAAGUAAAACAGGCAGUACAGCAACAGUUUCCCCACAAACAUCCUGCACAGCUGCAGGAGCAACAACUUAUUUACUUCAUUCAAGUAGCAUCUGUCCUAUUUCUGAAAUUCGCAAAUUAGAGUAUAUACAGCAUUUUGAAGAAGAUUCACUUUUUUUAUUUACCACUAGCUGUCAGUACAGUGUCAGACUAACAAACAUCCCUAUCCUUUCACUGCUCGGUUUUGCUCAAGCAGACAAAGUUAUACAUACAAAGGAGUUGUUGAGCCAAAACUUGUCUGAAAAGGUCUAUAAAGUUUAAACUAUGUUUUCUAUACAGUAAUAUUUAGACAACUCUCUCCUGCUUAGUUGCAACACUGGUUCAGACUGUUCUCAGAGGAAAGCUGUUUUCGGUGCCUAAUUCUAAAGCACUGACACAUCUUGAUGUCAUUUAAUCACGUUUCCAAAUACUGUUUCCCAUGCUAUAAAAUCCCUAACAACUUACUAAAAAAAUGCACUGAUAACCAACUUACUGCCCAUUGAGAAAGGGCCACCACAACUACCUGGAACAUAGCAAUCACCACCUCCAUGCAUCACAGUAACAACCAUGCUCAUAAAAACACAACUGAAAGCUGUGGGCCAUGAAACACUCCAGCGUGACAAGUGUGGCAGAUGAGUGUCACCACGUAGUGACUGUGUAAACUGCGACAAGCAGUGACUGUUUCAUAGUUUGCUAUUCCCCAAACUGGCUAUGACUGUGUUGUGUGGUAUUUUGUGAAAAAGUAGGGUGCUUGCAUUCGUGCUGUAAGUGGGCUAUUCUUCAUUUGUGUAUUGUUGUGUGUCUCUCUGGUGUUAUAACAAAUAUCCAAGACUCACUUGCAUAUCAAGUAGCAAUGACAUUGCCGAAGCCCAUACAAUUGAAAAUUUAGCCCUUAAUAUCUCCAACCUCAAAUUUUAGUUUUCAAGGGUCAGGACUAAUUAUUGCAACUGGUGCUAAACUAGUACAUGAGGUGCUUUAAUACGUUUUAGUUCUCCGUAAUUCCACACUAUUUGAAAUAGUGUAAAAUAUUUUAAAACAUGGUAAAUCACUGUACUGUGACCUCCUAUUGUUAGACCAAUGCAAAACACUGUGCUAGUCAACUUCAAAACCAUUACAUUUUUACUUCUAUAGCCUUUAAUUACAAGGGAAGUCAGUCUGUCAAAAGUAUCUGCACGUAACAUCCGAGUUUUGCUGUAUAAGACCCAUUGAGACUUGUGGUGAAGUAGGCUACAUAGUGCAAUUUAUGCGUUAUAUACAGGGGAAAUAAUCAUCCUUUAAUAGCUGCACCACAGAAACAGGAUACUUUGAGGGGGAGGGGGAACUAAGCCUGCAUACUAAGUGUAGUAAACAUUUAGACUUAGUACAGUACUUUGUUAUUUUUGCUCUUUUAAUAGAAUGCUUUGUUAGAUUUUAAAAUGUUGCACUACUGUUUCCAUGCUGAGCAUGCAUUCUCAGUUUUCAACAUAAAAUGAAAUUGCCUCCAUCUCACGCCAUUCUCAUUUUUGUUCAGUGAGCCUGAUGGUGUACAUGUAUACAAUAAAAACUGCCACACUGACUAUAA